AUGUCUUGGUGGGGUCAAAGUCCUUUUGAUGAAGUUGUGGAGCGAGCAACUUCAGAAUUACUGCCUGGAGGUCAGGAAGACCUCGUUUUAAAUCUGGAUAUCAGCGAUCAAAUUCGUAGCAAGAAGAUCAAUGCCAAGGAUGCCAUGCGCUCGUUCAAACGAAGAUUGGCUCAUAAGAACCCAAAUGUACAGCUUGCUACAUUAAACCUGGUGGAUACAUGUGUAAAAAACGGAGGUGACGUAUUUGUCAAGGAGAUAGCUUCCAGAGAGUUUAUGGAUGAGCUUGUUUCGAUCUUAAAGGCACCUGCUGGCUGCAAUAUCGACGUCAAGAACAAGCUACUGUACGUUAUCCAGACUUGGGGAUUGGCCUCCAAGAACAAACCUACUCUUAGCUACAUGUCUGAUACAUACGCUUUACUGAAGGCUGAAGGUGUUCAAUUUCCACCCGUCAAAGAGAAUAUAGACGGCAUUCUCCUGGAAACUGCGGCUGCACCUGAAUGGUCGGACUCGGACGUAUGUGAUAGAUGUCGUACAGCAUUCACAAUGACAAAUAGAAAGCACCAUUGCCGUAAUUGUGGCGGCACCUUUUGCCAGCAAUGCUCAGCCAAGACAAUGCCAUUGCCAAAACUUGGCAUCAAUGAACAUGUGAGAGUGUGCGACGGUUGUUAUAUCAAGCUGAAAUUGGACAAAGCAAACAUCAAGCCAUCUACCUCUACCAGAUCUGUUUCCUCUCAACCUGUUGCAGCUGCACCUGUUGACAGCAAAGAGGAUGACUAUGACGAUGACAUGAAAAAGGCGAUUGAACUUUCGUUAAAGGAGGCUGAACAACAAAAGACGAGCUACGGUGCUGGAUAUGUCGCCCCAUCUGCUCAGCAGUACCAAUCAUCGCCUUCACAGCAACAGCAGCAACCAAAAACGCAAGAAGCAGUUGAGGACGACCCUGAUUUAGCAGCAGCUAUAGCCGCUUCUUUGAGAGAUCUCGAGAUCUCCAAGCAACAACCUGCCUCUCCACAACAGCAGCAGCAACAAAAUAAGAACGAUUUGUCGCCUGUAGAAAUGGAGAACAUACUGCUCUUCUCAACAUUAAUGGAUCGUGUUUACGCAUCUGGUGGUGAUGUCUCCAACGAUACUCAAAUCAAUCAACUGUACACACAAAUUGGAGCACUGCAGCCAAAGUUAGUCAAGAGUUUAGACGAGACCAUCCGCAAGAGAAACGCUUUUAUCGAGCUACAUGAGAAACUGAACAUGGCAGUGAAGGCCUAUGAUCGAUUAUUAGAAGAGAGAAUUGCCGGUGUACGAUACAACAAUAUACCUGAACAACAAUAUCAACAACAACCUUUGUAUCAUCAGCCCAUGGAUUACUAUCCUCCACCUCAGCAUCAAGAUACUAACAAAUACUAUCCCUCACAAAGCGCUCCUCCUCAAGAACACUACCCUCAAGAUUAUAAUCAUUAUCAAACACCUGCUGUCAACAAUCAAGAUAUGAGCAAUUACUAUUCGGCACCACCACACUAUCAGAUGUCUUCUGGUGCUCCUCCACAAGCACCAGGAGUGGAGCAGCAAAAGCAAUCUGUUGACGAGGCUCCUUUGAUUGAUUUGUAG